AAAAGUUGUCUCAAGUACAUGGAGCCACAGAAUCUAACAGGCAGCCCACAAUUCUUCCUCUUGGGCCUUUCUGAGGAUCCAGAACUGCAGCUGCUCCUGUUUGUGCUGUUUCUGUUCAUGUACUUGAUCACGGUGACCGGGAACCUGCUCAUCAUCUUGCUGGUCAGCUCUGACCCCCAUCUUCAUACACCCAUGUACUUCUUCCUCUCCAACUUAUCCUUGACUGACCUGGGUUUCAUCUCAACUACAAUCCCCAAAAUGCUGGUGAACAUCCAGACACAGAACAAAUCCAUCUCCUAUGUGGGCUGCCUAACACAAGUAUCCUUUUUUUAUCUCUUUGGAUGUCUGGACAGCCUGUUCCUCACUGUCAUGGCUUAUGACAGGUUUGUGGCCAUCUGUCACCCCCUGCACUACACAGUCAUCAUGAACCCCCGCCUCUGUGCUUUACUAGCAUUGGCAUCAUUUCUUAUUAGCCUUUUUGACAGCCAGCUGCAUCUUUUAAUGGUGUCACAACUUACCUUCUGCACAGAUGUGGAAGUCCCCCACUUCUUCUGUGACCCCCCUCAACUCUUUAACCUUGCCUGUUCUGACACCUUCAUCAAUACCAUAUUAGCAUAUUGCAUAGCUGCCAUUGUUGCGGGAGUUCCAGCCACAGGAAUUAUUUUUUCUUACACUCAAAUUGUUUUCUCCAUUCUGAGAAUCUCAUCUUCAGAAGGGAAGUACAAAGUCUUUUCCACCUGUGGCUCUCACCUGUCAGUUGUUUUCUUAUUUUAUGGAACAGGUAUGGGAGUGUACCUCAGUUCGGUUGUCUCAUCUUCUGCCAGAAAGGAAGCAGUGGCCUCAGUGCUGUACACUGUGGUCACCCCUAUGCUGAACCCCUUCAUCUACAGUUUGAGAAAUAGAGAUAUCAAGAGAGCCCUGGAGAGACUCCUCAACAGAACAGCCUAA